CUCUUCCUGAUGGAGUUACAAUAUAUAUAGGUCAUCGCCUCAUCUCCCCCUUUAUUUCCAUCUUGCACUAGAAAUUAGUAUUCAUGGCAGUUUCUACCAAAACCACCCUUUUCAUUUCAUUCUUACUCCUUGUUUGCAUAUUUUCAGUGGAUGGCGGUCGUAAUGGUGUAGCCCGGCACGUUUACUCUCCCCACAAGGAUGGUUUCCGGUUACAUGCAAGGAAGCUUUCGCUGCUUGAUGCAGUGUUGGACUACGACGAUGCCGGAGCCAAUCCUAAGCAUGACCCAAGGAGGGGGAGGGGCGGAAGGAACCCAUGAUCGAGUUUAUAAGCUCGAUUAUUGGCUUCAGUAUGAAAAGCUCUUUGUUUGUUUAUAGCUUUAUAUUUUUGUUAAGUAUUGAAUAUUAAUGUUUAGAUGCCUUUGUGGGCACCGUGGUCUUAAGGAGUUAAGAGGGUAUGUAUCUCUACAACAGGUUUAUUACUGUGUACUUUGGCUACAGCUAUAAGAAUAAAUAAAAGUUUUGUUCCUUAAA